AUGUUAUUAACAGCAAGACGCAAUAUUCCCUUGCGAUAUUUUUACUUAUCACUAUUAAGCUUAUUUAUCUGUUUACAAUUCUGUUCUGGAAGUGAUGCUUUUUGUGGAAAUUUGACAGUUUAUCGGCGGAAAUGGUCACUGGAGAAUGCAGUGGUACUUGUAAGUAGGAUAACGGAAGAUCUGAAACGUUGUCUUCAUGUUUGUUGCAGUUUAACAGAUUGUCAAGGAGUAACAUUUAUUGGAGUAGUUGAGAAGUUGGCACAAGAAAAUUGUUUAUUAAUUAAAUGUGAUGGCGAAUGCCUAUUUGACACCAUUACUGAGUUCUCCGAAGGUGUCUCAGUAAAAAUUACUCGAGCCAAACAGAAUUCUACUCUCGAUGAUAUCGAAGCGACGGAUACAUCAUUAUCAUCCAAAGCCGCCGAUAUAUUCACCAGCAAGUUAACUCCAAUUUGGGCAAUCGCCCUAAUAAUUGUUGCUUCAGUACUUUGUAUAGGUUUUAAUGUAGUCGUGAUUAGUGCAUAUAUUUGCUGGCGAAAGAAGAAAAGUCAUAAGCGCAAAGCGCAUAUUUCAACGAUCACAGCAUUACAUGCUUUUAAUCCAACAUAG